AUGACAACCUCGUCGUCGUCCUCAGAACGUCUCGAGGCGGAACUGUCUCUCUUGGAAGCCAUGUAUCCGGACGCGGUGACGUUCAACCCACAGACUCUCGAGGUGACGUACAAAGCGCGGCAAACGCCGUCUACGACGGUAAAUACAUCGACGAGCACCACGACGAAGACGGCGACCACGACCACGACCGCCGGCGCAACUCUCACCCUGCGCCUCCCAAACGCUUACCCUGACCACGGCGUUCCCGAGCUGAUCACGGCAUGCGACAAUACGAGGACCGACGUGCGAGAGGCGACACGUCGCGCCAUUGCGGAGCUCAGUCUAGACGGGGGCGUCGAAGUUCUCGACCAGAUCAUCGCGACGUUUGAGGAGGUUGUCGUGUCACCGUCUUCGUCGCCGUCACCGUCCUGUCGCUUGUCAUCCGAGGGUUGUGGCUCUUCUCGCUCGACAGAGGCGACUCAUGUCGAUUCGUCCGAGAAUACGAAUCGAGACCACCGAAGCGACCGUGAUAAUGACAUGGACGAGGACGACGAUGCCAGUGGCGGCGGCGGCGGCGGUGGUGGUGGUGUCGACGCUGGUGGUGUUGGGAACGGGGACGGCGAUGAUGGUUACCGACCACCGCCGCAGCAAUUCUCCAGAGUAACUGGGCCGGAGAAGCACAGUCAGAGUCAGAAGCAGAUGCAGAGUUAUGGGGAAAGACAGAACUUGAGGCACCGACGCCCGCCGUCAAAGACGGUGAUAAUAUGGCUGCAUCACCUUCUCGCGACGUCGAAGCGGAAGCUCGCCGUGUCCCAACCGCAUGUCAAUUCGAACUCGAACUCGAACUCGACGACCAAGACAGCGAAAGCGAAAGCGAAACCGACGUCGGCAUCGCCACCGUCAGUAUCAGCGUCGACAAUAUCGGGGAUGACCAAACCCGGGUAUCCUGGUAUAUUACUUUUUUCGGGUCCCCGUGACCUCGUGGAUGCCCACGUCAAGGAACUGAAGGACUUGAAUUGGCAGGCUUUUUCAAAACGCUACGAUUCCGACGAAGACACGGAUGUGAAUAAUAUCAUGUCAUCGUCAAAUACGAGGAUUCAUACGAUGAAACCCACGCUCAAGACCAAAACCAAAACCAAAGAAGGUGGUGGUGGUGGUGGUACCAUCGUCGCCGCUGAUGAUCAUGAGCAUGAUCACGAGAAUGGGGAUGAAGGCGGCGAAUGGCUCUUCACCCACGGCAGGCAUAAAAUCAUCGAGGUCGAAAGCAUGGCUGAGCUGGCACGGGGUAUCGUUCGGGAGGAUCACCGCAAGAUCUUUCUAUACGCUGUCGGUGUCAAAUAA